AUGGAGUUCAAAAGGCUGAAAACCGCACCUUCACCGGAGUUAUACAACCUGAAUAACAUUCCUACCUUCAUGUUCAACCAGUUACUAGAUCUCCGAUCAAUCGAGCCACUGAAUCAACACAAGUAUUCACCUCCGUUUAAUCACCACACACAACAACCGACGUUAACUAACUACUUCAUUCCAACGCCACCGCAACAACCGUCGUUUCCUCCUCCUCCUCCGGCGAAGUUAUCCGGAACAGAACUGGCGUAUAAACGACACCGUACACUUAGCGACAAAACGCGAUCCUUACAAAAGCUGCUAACAGUGGACAGAAAAAUGGAUAUGGCGACGAUUUAUGAAGAAACGUACAAGUAUAUUAUGUUUCUAAAAGCGCAAAUCAGUGUUCUGGAAUCGAUGCCUGUUGUGUCUAGCUCGUUAUCAUCGUCGUGUUUGAAUUUGAGAUCCGGAAACUCUAGGUAUGGUGGAUUGGGGAAACUGAACAGGCAGCAGGUGCUUGAGGUUAUGGUUAACUCACCUGUGUCUCAAUCGGUUUGA